AUGAGUUGGAAAGGCUUCACCAAGAGCGUCAGCCGCGCUCCUCAGCAGUUCAAGCAAAAGUUCAACAUGGGUGAAAUCACAAAGGAUCCCAUCUAUGUUGACGCCGAGCGCCGCUUCACAGAGCUCGAGACCGAGACCAAACGUCUGCACGACGAGUCCGAAAAGUACUUCAAGUCCAUCAACGGCAUGUUGGACCACCAGAUCGAAUUCUCAAAAGCUUGCGCCGACUUGUACAAGCCCAUCUCUGGCCGUGCUUCCGACCCAACCUCUUACGUCGUCGAUGGCAAUCCUGAGGGAAUCCGCGCUUGCGAAGAGUACGAGGCUAUCGUCAAAGACUUGAAGGCUUCACUGCAACCCGAACUAGAGAUGAUCGAGUCUCGUAUUGUGAAACCAGCCGACGAACUUCUCGAAAUCAUCAAGCAGGUCCGCAAAGCUGCCGUCAAGCGUGACCACAAGCAGCUCGACUACGAUCGUCACCGAAACACCCUCAAGAAGCUACAGGACAAGAAGGACAAGACGCUUAAGGACGAAAAGGCCCUGUACAAGGCAGAAAACGAAGUCGAGGUCUCGACCCAGGACUACAACUACUUCAACGACCUGCUCAAGAACGAGCUGCCCGAGCUGUUCCGCCUUGAGCGCGAGUUCAUCCUUCCUCUAUUCCAGUCAUUCUACUACAUGCAGCUCAACGUCUUUUACACAUUGCACGAACGCAUGCAGAGCAUCGAUAUCGGUUACUUCAAUUUGCAACUGGACAUCGAGGCAGCCUUUGAGGAGAAGCGCGGAGAUAUCCAAGAACGUGCCGAAGCUUUGACGAUCGUACACUUUAAGACCAAGGGCUUGGGUCGACCUGCUGGAAGCAAGUAUGGCAACAACAGAUUGGCCAUCGAGGGCAAGGCCAAGACGAGUCCUGCACUUGAAUCGUCCACUGCUCAGCUGUCAAUUACUGACGGCAACCCGACUUCCCCUCCACCUUACUCAGCUGGUGCAGCUGGUGGACUCUCACGCAUGUCAUCUAUCGCAAAGAGCAAGCCUCCGCCACCAAAGCCCAAGCCAUCGAGAUUCAGCGGCGUACCUCAGGCAGAGACAUGUACGGCACUGUACGAUUACGAAGCACAAGCAGAAGGCGACCUUAGUUUCAGCGCUGGCGAGACAAUUGAGAUUGUGCAACGUACGGCCAACGAGAAUGAGUGGUGGAUCGGAAAGAUUGGCGGAAGACAAGGACAAUUCCCUGGCAACUACGUACAACUCUCGUAG